AACCGGAGACCGAGAGGAGCGAGGACGCCGUUGUAGUUUGUUUUAAAGUGGAGAAAAAAGUGAGAUAAAGUCUCGGGUGAAGCCCCCCCUUUCGGCUGGUGUCGUCCACACAGUGCCAGAUUUGGAGGAAACCACUCGUUAGUAUGAAACAGUCGCCGAAUAACAACAAUUAAGUCGGGCUCGCGCUACAUGUCUAGCUGCUAGGCUAGCUAGCUAACAGUUAGCUGCAGAAGCUACUUGGGCUAGCUGGCUAGUAGCGAGGUCCAGCCCAGAAAAGUUGUUUACCCCAGGUUGUGGAGGUGGUCACCCUCCCCGAACUUUUUUCCCCCACGAUUUUUCAUUUUUUUCGGGUAAACAAAUCGAGGACCAGCGGUUCACACUGGAUUUAACAGCGUGUGCUGUCUGGAAACGAGCAGGAUGUCCGCAGAGGUUCAGUGCAGUCAGGUCGACUCUGGUUUGACAGCGGUGGCGGUGGUGGAGGUGGAGGAGGACAAGAAGAACCAAAACCAGUCCGAGGGGCAGAAAGACCGACGAGACGAAGGGGAAGAGGGGCCGAGAGGCUUCGAAACCCCGCUGAAGCAGGAGGCAGAGGCGGCCAGGAGCCCCACGGACACGCACAUGGAAUGCAAAGAAAACGACAAGGAAAACGAGCAAAGCGGCAGCAAUGCUGACUCUGCUGCUGCUGCUGCGGACGCGGUGAAGAGGAAAGUUGUUGAGGCUCCUCCACCCAAAGUCAACGCGUGGACUAAGAGGACCACGGGCAGAGUGUCCAUCAACAACAUCAACUCCCACGAGAAAGAUCAACAAAACGCUCUGAAGGUCGUCCGAGCCAGCAAACCCAGAAUGAAAAAGCCCAGCAAGUCGAGUGACUUCAGUGACAUCACAAACUGGCCCACACCUGGUGAACUGGCCAAAGAGCAACAGCAGAACGUCAUCAACAACAACGGAAAGAAGCCUUCGUCCGCGCGCAGAGAGAAGGAGAAGCGACGGGAGCGACCGGACCGCAAGUCGGAGAGCAGCCAUGACGGCGGUGAGAGCAAAGAGAACCAGGAGGCUCAGCCGGACCCGCUGGGAGACCUGCCCAAAGACGGAGAGUUGAAGGCGGGACAGGACGCCAAGAGCCUGAAGAAGAGAGGAGGCGAGGGUAACAAACGUAAGUGGGUUUCUCUGCCACUGGAGGACGCGUCCCGGGACGACGGCGACAAGAUGCCCAGUGGUGGCCCGACGCGCUCGGACACAGACCCCAACAGCGACUCGCCCGACCCCACGUCGCCCAAUCACACGCUCCAUAAUAACAGGCCACAUGAUAGCAGCAGGAGUUGGAGAAGAGAGCCGCGGGAUUUCGGCGACGAUAAUGGGAGUGUCCGAAGCGACAGUGGGAGCACUCGAGGAGGAUUGCGAGGCCGGGGGAAAGGUCGCGGGCGCGGGAGAGGUCGUGGAAGAGGUCGCUACGAAUACUCGAGCUUCCGGGACUCCCAGUCUUCCGACGGCUCGGCUCAGGGCCCCUCGGAGUUUGGCACCAACAUGGUUUACUAUUACGACGACGGCAGCAAGGUCCAGAUGUACACAGUGGACGAAAAGCUCCUGAAGGAAUACAUCAAACGUCAGAUUGAAUACUACUUCAGCCUUCACAACCUCGAGCGUGACUUCUUCCUGCGGAGGAAGAUGGACGUGCAGGGCUUCCUGCCCAUCUCCCUUAUCGCCAGCUUCCACAGAGUUCAGGCCCUCACCACUGACAUCAGCCUCAUCAUGGAGGCGCUGAAGAAAAGCACAGAGGUGGAGCUGGUGGACAACAAGGUUCGCUGUAAAAUUGACCCGGAGCGUUGGCCCAUCCCCACCCCUCCCGUCGUGGGCUCCCCUCACACCGACUUCUCCCAGCUCAUCAACUGUCCCGAGUUCGUUCCUCGACAGACCCUCAGCUCCACAAACUCUGAUCUUUCAGCCUCGUCGCCUGUGAAGCAGUCUCCUCCCGAAUCUGCCGAGUCUCAGGACUCGGUUGAGCCCGACUCCUCCAGCCAGGACUCGCUCCCCGCCACGGAAACGGCGUUUAAAGACGCCCCGCCCCCGAAACCCGACCCCGAUGCCUGGAUCCAGGUGGAGAAACGUCACAAACAGCCGCCAGGAAAGACAAAGCUUGUCAGUGACGAUGCUUGUGUUGUUGGCUCCUCCCCUUCCUCAGUGCCCCCACCUGACAACCUCCCCUCUACAGGAGACGGUAAGACGCCUCCUCCCCGCCACCCGGCUCCUCCGCAAACCGAGGUGGACCAGGAGGAGCUGGACUUCCUGUUUGACGAGGAAAUGGAGCAGAUGGCGCCCAGGAAAAACAAGUUCACCGACUGGUCAGACGAUGACGACUCGGACUAUGAGCUGGACGACCAGGACGUCAACAAGAUCCUCAUCGUCACCCAGACCCCUCCUUAUGUCCGGAAACACCCUGGCGGCGACCGGACAGGGAACCACGAGUCCCGGGCCAAGAUCACCACGGACCUCGCCAAAGCUAUCAACGACGGGCUGUACUACUAUGAACAGGACCUGUGGAAGGGAGAGGAACCGAUCGAGGGCGUCAAGCAGGAAGUGGAACCCUUCAAGAAGCUGAACGUCAUCAGUAAAGAUGAGUUUGACACUCUCACCCCCAAAGUGCCCGUCGACCCAAACCAGGAAGUCCCACCUCCUCCAAUGCCAGUGGACAGCGCAGCACAACUGUCGCAUUCUCUGCCUACAACGGUCCCCGAGUCGCCCAGCACUCACCAGCCCCGGACCCCCAGAACGCCUCGCACGCCCGGACGCCAGGACCCCACCAAGACACCGCGCUUCUACCCCGUCAUGAAGGAAAGUGGCAACGUCGACGGACAGAUGCCAAGGAAGAAGAAGACACGCCACAGCUCUAACCCUCCUCAGGAGGCGCACAUCGGCUGGGUGAUGGACUCACGUGAACACCGGCCGCGCUCGACGUCCAUCAGCAGCUCAAAUGCGUCUCCAUCAGAGGGCGCUCCACUGUCAGGAAGUUACGGCUGCACCCCUCAGUCCCUGCCAAAGUUCUGGCAUCCAUCCCACGAGAUGCUGAGGGACAACGGCUUCACCCAGCAGGGUUACCACAAGUACCGCCGACGGUGCCUUAAUGAGAGGAAACGGUUGGGGACCGGUCAGUCUCAGGAGAUGAACACUCUCUUCAGGUUCUGGUCCUUUUUCCUGAGGGACAACUUCAACAGGAAGAUGUACGAGGAGUUCAAACAGUAUGCGCUGGAAGACGCCAAAGAUAACUACAGGUAUGGACUGGAGUGUCUCUUCAGAUACUACAGCUACGGUUUGGAGAGGAGAUUCAGGUUAGAUCUGUUCAAGGACUUUCAAGAAGAAACCCUCAGGGACUUUGAGAAAGGUCAGUUGUAUGGUCUGGAGAAGUUCUGGGCCUUCUUGAAAUAUUCACGGAUGAAGAACCAGCCCAUUGACCCCAAGCUGCAGGAACACCUCUCCAAGUUCAAGACUCUGGAGGACUUCAGGGUGGUGCCCCCGAUAGGAGAGGAGGGAGGCAGGAGGAGACGUCACUCGUCCUCGGCCGGGGACGAAGGGAGACGUCGGCGACAUUCUUCCAACACUACCUCAAAACCCGCGCAGGCCUCCAAAUCCUCCAGCAACACUGCUGCUCAACCUGCUGCUGCUCAACCUGCUGCUGUGCAGAAUACACCCAAAGACAACACCCAGAAACCAGCAGCUGCAGCUGGAUCAGCCACCCAGGCCAAGAAGGCGGAGUCAGGAGCCGGGAAGAAGCAGAAUGUGGCACCAAAUAAAUAAAGUGCCCUUCGUUGAGGUGUGGUUGUUGAAUAGAAGAGAAUCAGAGUGUGGCAGUGGCUCUGAGCUCCAGUAUUUGCUCUGUUUCAGACGCAAACUGUCCUGGUAUGAAGAGAGGCCGAGCGUGGUUGACUUAAUUUGAUUGUUUUUAUCAGUGCAUUUCAUUUUCAAGCAAAGCAAGCAAGUGUAGGCAGUGAGCUUGAUUCUGUGCUCCUCAUGUUUACAGAUGAAAAAACACAAAAAAAAAAUGCAUUCCCUGCAUUUUGCCUCUCUCUUUCUCUCUCUCUUUCUCUUGGAUGCCAAACCUGUCAACACGUUUGUUGAUCUCCACAAUCUGCCGACAGCGCUGAUCCGUACAGAGCUGCCGAGCUGUGAGUCUAGUUUUGCCAAGAUAUAAAAAAAAAAAAAAGAAAUAAGGAGAGACGCUGCAGAUUUGUCUUGUGUGCCUUAAUCUGAUUCACCAGGACGACUGGAGGACGAUCGGUGACAAAAUAGCCAAAAUUCUGCCUUUAAAAAAACAAACAAAAAAAAAAAUGUCUUCCCAUCUAAUAUGAUUUGUGUUUGAAUGUUUUUUUUU